AUGAGAUUAGGAUCCACCCUCAAAGCCGCAGCGAUCACCAAAUAUAUCAAUAAACUCAUUAUAAACUUCAAUUCAAAAACAUUCACUAAUAGUAAGCGUGGAAGCAAAGCCAUGUGGGAACAAGUCAACAAGAUUAGAGGCUCGGAGAAAUCACUCAACACAUCAACCGUGCAGCAUAUUGAUGCCAACACACUCAACGCCCACUUUGCUUCCAUGUCAACCGACCAGUCCUACAAAAUUCCACCAACAAAAGCUACUGCAAUCAAUAGUCAUCAACACCAACAAUUUACACCAUACUCCGUCUUGCACAUGCUAACGAAGGCUUGCCCAUCCGGCUUUCAAACAUUUCACGCACUCAAAACACUCCGUUCACAUGGUCUCAGAGGCGUCAAAUUAUUCGACAUCACCGAAUCACUCAUCAUCUCACGCAUCAAAUAUGCAGCUCCCUCCUGGUCUAGUUUUGCCACGCAACAACAACUUCAGCAGCUACAAUCUCUCAUCAAAAAAUUAAUUCGCUUCAACUACCUACCUGCAUCAUAUCCUACCAUCACUCAGAUAUUCAACACACUCGAUUCAAGGCUGUUCAAGAAAAUAGAAAAUAACAACAACCACGUCAUCCAUCCUCUACUACCACCAAUCAAAACUACAAUACACAACCUUCGUCAGCGCAAACAUAAAUAUCAAGUCGUCGCCCAAUCUACCUACCAGGAAAAGACCUUCAUCACAAGACACCUCAAACAUAUUAGCACUUAA